AGCGUCCCUUCUCGUAGCCGUCAAGCGCGCCCUGUCGUAAAGCCUCCCUAGUCCAAGAGUGUGUGUGUGCUUGCGCGCAUGCGUGGGCCGUGCUGCCGCCAAGCAGGGCGCGCGCAUGCCCCUCCGCCGCCGGCCGCCGUCAAGCGCGGCCGCCUGUCGCGCGCGGGAGUGCGGCGCCCGCCGUGAGGAGGGAGGAGGAGGAGGGAUGCUGGGCGGCGGCGGCGGAGGAGGAGGAGGAGGCGGCGGCGGCGGUGGGGGGCAGCCCCCUGCCCCGGCCUCGGGCCCGCCUCCAGGCCCGUCGCCUCCGCCGCCCCCGCUGCCCGUGCCUUCGCCGUGCUCGCCUUCGCCGUGCCCGCCUUCUCCGGCGCUGCUGCUCCACCCGCGGACGGGCCGCCUGGUGUCGGUGUCGCGGGGCGGGCGGACGGCCUCGCGCUCCCAGCCGGGCCAGGAGUUCAACCACGGCCUGGUCCUCAGCAGGGAGCCCCUCGCCCCCGGAGCCCUCUUCACCGUCCGCAUCGACAGGAAGGUGAACUCCUGGAGUGGCUCCAUCGAGAUCGGGGUGACAGCCUUGGACCCCAACCACCUGGACUUCCCUAGUAGCGCCACAGGCCUCAAGGGGGGCUCCUGGAUUAUUUCAGGCUGCUCGGUGCUGCGGGACGGCCGCUCCAUCCUGGAGGAGUACGGUCAGGACCUGGACCAGCUGGGUGAAGGCGACCGGGUGGGCAUCCAGCGCACGGCCAGCGGGGAGCUGCGCCUCUGGGUCAACGGGCAGGACUGCGGGGUGGCCGCCACCGGGAUCCCACCCCAAGUGUGGGCUGUGGUGGACCUCUACGGCAAGUGCACCCAGAUCACGGUGGUGCCUGGCAACACGGACGAGGCAGAAGAAGGGGCCACUCAGGAAGAAGCUCUGGACCUGCCAUGCAACCAGAACCGACCGGAUAAGUUUCCCAACAGCUUGGAGUCAGAGAAUGGCUUCUCCAGCAUGGAGCUCUCGGAGGUGGUGAGCAAUGCCAUCCUGUCGGCCUACAACGGGAGCCUGCUGAACGUGAACCUGGGCAGCCCUCCUUCCGACUCCGCUCCCUGCGGGGGGGCCCCCAUCACCUCCAACGACGCCCUCCUCUUCCACGAGAAGUGCGGCACGCUCAUCAAGCUCAGCAACAACAACAAGACGGCCGAGCGGCGGAGGCCCCUGGACGAGUUCAACAAUGGAGUCGUCAUGACCAACCGCCCCUUGAGGGACAACGAAAUGUUUGAGAUCCGAAUUGACAAAUUGGUGGAUAAGUGGUCAGGAUCCAUUGAAAUUGGGGUCACCACGCACAAUCCCAAUAACCUGGAGUACCCGGCAACCAUGACCAACCUGCGCUCAGGAACCAUCAUGAUGAGCGGCUGCGGCAUCCUGACGAAUGGCAAAGGGACGAGGAGGGAGUACUGUGAGUUCAGUCUGGAUGAGCUUCAGGAAGGCGACCACAUCGGCUUGACUAGGAAAUCCAACAACGCCCUCCACUUUUACAUCAAUGGUAUUGACCAAGGAAGGCCGCGUUCCUUUGCGUGGCCCGGCUCCUCCCUUUCCUGCUUGAGGAGGUGCCCAAGCGGUGGUCCAUUGGCCUCCCCUUCCCUUCCAGGCGUGGCCACCACCCUCACCCCGCUGGUCGUCUACGGCGUGGUGGACCUCUACGGCAUGGCCGUCAAAGUCACCAUCGUCCACAACCACAACCACAGCGACCGCCUCCGGCGCAACAACGCCAUCAUGAGGGCCCUCUCGCCGGACGUGGGGCGGCGCGCCAUUGACGCUGGGGGGAACGAGCCGGAGCCGGAACGACUCCUUUUCCACCCGAAUUGUGGACAGAAGGCUGCCAUUAUCAACGAUGGACGCACGGCACUGCGGCCCCAUGCCACCGAUGACUUCAACCACGGGGUGGUCUUGAGCAACCGGCCGCUCCGCAACGGGGAGGUCUUCCAGGUGCGCAUUGACAAGAUGGUGGACAAAUGGGCUGGUUCCAUUGAGAUUGGCGUCACCACACAUAACCCGACCUACCUGCAGUUACCUUCUACCAUGACCAACCUCCGGUCAGGCACUUGGAUGAUGACAGGAAACGGUGUGAUGCACAACGGAACGACCAUCUUGGAUGAGUAUGGACACAAUCUGGACCGACUGAAGGCAGGCGACACAGUGGGAGUGGUGCGCAAGGAAGACGGGACGCUGCACUUCUUUGUCAAUGGUGUGGCUCAAGGACCGGCUGCGUGGAACGUCCCACCAAACAUCUACGCUGUGGUGGACCUGUAUGGGCAGGCAGCUCAAGCAACCAUAGUGGAUGACACAGACCUCCUUCCGCUUCCAGACGACUUCUCUGAAGGAAACAACCAGCUUUCUCCCAGCAGCCCUUCCUCCAUCGCCUCGGGGAGCGACCUGCGCUUCCACCACCUUCACGGCAACAAUGCCGUCAUCACCAAUGGCGGGCGCACAGCUCUGCGACAGAACUGCCGGAGCGAGUUCAACGACGCCAUUGUCAUCUCAAACCGACCUCUCCGGGACGGGGAGCUCUUCGAAAUCAUCAUUCAGAAGAUGGUGGACCGCUGGUCUGGCUCCAUCGAAGCAGGUGUAACUGCGAUCCGUCCCGACGACCUGGAGUUCCCCAAUACGAUGACGGAUAUUGAUUAUGACACAUGGAUGCUGAGUGGGACAGCCAUCAUGCAGGAUGGGAACACCAUGCGCAACAACUACGGCUGUGACUUGGAUUCACUGACCACAGGGUCACGCAUUGGCAUGAUGCGCACAGCCAAGGGCGACCUGCACUAUUUCAUCAAUGGUGUCGACCAGGGAGUGGCCUGCUCUGGAUUGCCUCCGGGGAAAGAGGUCUAUGCCGUGGUCGAUCUGUAUGGCCAGUGCGUCCAGGUGUCCAUCACCAGUGCCACGGGACCCAUGGAUAACAGCCUGUCCACCAGUAACAUCACGGAGAAGUCCUUUCCCAUCCACUCGCCAGUGCCCGGCGUGGCCCACCGCUUCCACAGCAGCUGUGGCAAAAACGUGGCUUUCCAGGAUGACGGCUGCAAGGCCGUGCGGGUGAGCAGUUACUGCCACGGCAUCGUCUUCAGCAUGAAGGAGCUGAAGACAGACGAAAUCUUUGAGGUGAAGAUUGACGAACUGGACGAGAAGUGGUCUGGCUCGGUCCACGUGGGCCUGACCACGCUGCUCCCGCUGGACGCCCCUUACACGGUCACGGGCCUCCCGCCCUCCAUCCUGGAGCUGCGUUCCAAGGUGACCUGGCUGAUGACGGGCUCCGAGGUGCGGCGGAACGGGAUCCUGCAGAAGCAGAACUACGGGUGCUCCCUGGAACGCCUCGGGGUGGGGAACCGGGUGGGAGUGAAGCGCUGCACCGACGACACCAUGCACAUCCUGAUCGACGGAGAGGACAUGGGGCCGGCUGCCACUGGCGUGGCCAAGAAUGUCUAUGUGGUUUUGGAUCUCUACGGCCGGGUCACAUCCGUCUCCAUUGUCAGCUCAACGGCGCUGGAGGAGGCGGACGGCACCAAGCCCCCCUCGGUGACCUCGGAGCCCUACAGCGAGGAAGAGGAGGAGGAAGAGGCCGUCCCGGUGAAAUCUGACCAGCGUAACUUUCCCCCUCUGCCCCAGGCUGAAAACGAAACACCAGCGGUGACCUCCUCCAUGGAGUUCCUCGAAAACCACGGGAAGAACAUCCUCCUCUCCAACAGCAACCUGACGGCCGCCCGCGUCUCGAGCUACAACCAGGGGAUCGUGGUAGUGGCCCAACCCCUCCCUCAGCAGCAGCUUUUCCAGUUCCAGAUAGACUCCCUGAAUCCGCGGUGGACCUCCUCGCUCUCCCUGGGCAUCAUUGGCAGCAACCCCGAGCGGCUCAACUUCCCGGCCACGGCCUGCUCCCUCAAGCGCUCCACCUGGCUGCUGCAGCGCGACUCCGUUUUCCACAACUCCCUCAAGAUCUGUGAGAACUACGGUCCCAACCUGGACACGUGCCCCGAAGGGACGGUGCUGGGCCUCCUGGUUGAUGCCAGCAACGGCCUCCACCUCUUCGUCAACGGGAUGGACCAAGGGGUGGCCGCGCAGGACGUCCCCAGCCCCUGCUACGUCCUCAUCGACCUCUACGGGCAGUGCGAACAGGUUACCAUCGUCACCAACGACACUCCUGCGGUGGGGGCGGAGGGAGCGGACCCCCAUGGACAGGGAGACAUGGAGAAGGCCGACAUGGUGGACGGGAUCAAGGAGAGCGUAUGUUGGACGCCCCCAGUGGACCUGAACACCACCAAGACCUGCGAAUACCAUGCACUCUGUGCACGCUUCAAGGAACUCCUCCUCCUCCCAGACGAUUAUUUCGCCGAAGACCCCAAGUUCAGCCUCUGCUACUGUGAGUCCUGCCACAAGCUCCGAGGAGACGAGGCCUACUACAAGCGAGGGGAGCCGCCCCGGGAUUAUGCCUUGCCCUUUGGAUGGUGCCGCUUCAACCUCAGGGUGAAUCCCCGGCUGGAGGUGGCCAGUACCUGUAAGAAGUGGCACAUGGCCUUUCACGGGACGAGCAUCGGGGCCAUACGGCGCAUGUUGGAUCAAGGAGAGCUGGUGCCUGGAAGUACGUCCAUCUUGAGCUGCCGCCCGGUCAAGGCGGACCCCCAGGGAGGAGGGGGCGGCGGAGGCGGGAGCGGCGGGGGCAGCGGCAGCGGAGGGUACCUCGAGUCGGAGGAGAACAGUUCGCAAGGCCGGGAGGAGCUCCAGCGCGUCCUGCUGUCGCCGACUCUGCGCUACGCCGGGCUGGAGCCUUUUGCCACCAAAGUGCAAUUCAAAGACCCCAAGUCUCACCGGCAGCACACCGCCCAGGUGGCCUUCCAGGUGUGCGUCCGGCCGGGGUCUUACAAGGUGUGCGCCCAGUCGCUGGCGGCGCCCGAGCCCCUGGACCCCCGCUUCAGCAGUGCCGAGAUCGAGUGGGUCACCAAGGAGAAAGGCGCCACGGUCCUGUACGGCCUCCUCGUCCGGGUGGAGUGAGAGCCCCCUCCUCGCCCUCGAAUGGGAUCGGGAUCCUUACGACCGACAUGCCACGGCCGCGGAGGCGGGGACGAGAGGGGCGGGUGGGCCUGGGUCUUGCCAAAAACUGACUCCGCCCUAACCGGAGACCCUUGGCCGGCGACGACCUGCCCUCUUACGCACAGACCGGUGGAGCCUGCGGUUCCGACACAUGCUUCACACAAUGGGCACAAGAGGCUCGUGGGAGGGGAGACGGUGGCUGCUGUUCCCUCCUCUCCCCUUCCCCCCCUUUUUUUUGCACAGAGGCGAGACAAAGCUAAUGGGAGGGAGGGAGGGAGGGCCAGGUGUGGAGUGGAACCUUUUAUUUAAAAAGCAUGAAGAAGGGUUUUAAGGGUUUUUUGGCGGGGCACGGGUGGGGGACGGCAGCGGGGUGGAGAGUUGUUUAGUGGCCACAAAUGGACUUGGUUGACUUUUUUUCCACUGGGAUGGGAGGGAGGGUGGCCUUGGCAGAAGGUCUCAAGGCCUUCUCUACUGACAAAACUUCCUUUCCCUCCUUCCCUUCCUCCCCAGAUCUCUUCAAGCCCCCUUUGUAUUAACUGGGGGAAAGAGUUAGUAUGAAUGAAUUCUCCAGCUUUGGAAAGAGAAAUUGGUAGGCUUGCGAUCCAAGCAAGGUUAGACCUUUUAGAAAGAUGUGUGUUUUGUUGGGCCGGUGGAAGCAGAAACCCCACCGUCUUGUCCCGAAGAUGCAAAUUGAUUAUUAUUAUCACUAUUGUCAGAGUUGGGGGAGGAUUUUGGCUUUGUCGUCCUGUUUGUGUUGGCAUUGUCCUCCGUGGAAGUUGGCUUCAUCUCCCCCUUCCCCAAAACCAGGUUCCUCCUGCCAAGAAAGUCCUAGACAAUCAAGGUCAGGAGGCAAGAAAUGGGGAUCCAGCGAGUUUGCUAGAGUUUUAAUUCACGCAGACAAUUGAACCCGUUUAGAAGGUUUGAAGUGGGCAGCUGGGUUUGGAAGAAUGUCCCACUGAUUGCAGAUGAACUUGAAAUACUUCUUUCUUUAAUAUUUAAGGUAAGUCCCGAUAAUCCCUCUAAUAAGACAAGCACACCUCUGACAUUCAGACUUUUCCGUUCAUUUCCCUGCUCAUUUUCUUCCAUUUGGAAAGUUGCCUCAGUCCAUCCCUUGGUAUGUGGUUUUUUUUUGGUUCUCUUCCCCUCCCUUCCCUUAUUUAUUUAUUUGUGUGUUGGUUGUCAAACAAACAAACAAACAAAAAUGUGAAUUGUUUAAGGGGGGGGAAGGGUACAAGGCUCAAAAACGGCCACCCUUUUUCUCCCACUUUGAGUUCUAUUAUAUUUUAAAUGGUAUUUAUGCUGCUUUUUUCACUUUAUGUGUUGGAAAAAUGACAUGCAUUACUUUUUGUACAUCUGUCUCAAGCUGAAAGGGUUUAUUUUUUUUGUCAUUGUUGUCUUUGUUCCAGACAAAAAGUUCAAAAGGUUGUACAGCGCGUUCUCCCUCCUCUCUCCCGUCUUGCAAGGGUUUAUAAACCACGAUUCAACUGGU